AUGAAGGCUGUUCGUAAUUUGCUGAUUUAUAUAUUUUCCACCUAUCUCCUGGUUAUGUUUGGAUUUAAUGCUGCCCAAGACUUCUGGUGUUCAACGCUGGUGAAGGGGGUCAUUUAUGGAUCGUAUUCUCUAAGCGAAAUGUUUCCCAAAAACUUUACCAACUGCACAUGGACGCUGGAAAACCCAGAUCCAACCAAAUAUAGUAUUUACCUGAAAUUUUCCAAAAAGGACUUUACUUGCUCUAACUUUUCCUUGCUGGCUUACCAAUUUGAUCAUUUUUCACAUGAAAAAAUUAAGGAUCUCUUAAAGAAUAAUCAUUCUAUAAUGCAGCUGUGUGAUUCCAAGAAUGCUUUUGUAUUUCUGCAAUAUGAUAAGAAUUUCAUUCAGAUACGUCGGGUCUACCCCUUUGAUUUCAUAGGAUUAUACAAAAAGGAAGAUGAUAAAAAGUCUUUCUUUGAAUUUUUGGUUUUGAACAAGGUGAGCCCAAGCCAGUUUGGUUGCCAUGUAUUAUGCACUUGGCUGGAGAGCUGCUUGAAAUCUGAGAAUGGGAGAACCGAGUCCUGUGGGAUCAUGUAUACAAAAUGCACCUGCCCUCAGCAUUUAGGAGAAGAAGGGGGAAAUGACCAUUCCAUGGUGUUGCUCAAUAAUGUCGUAUUGCCGCUGAAUGAGCAGACAGAAGGCUGUCUCACCCAGGAACUGCAGACCACCCAGGUCUGCAAUCUCACAAGAGAAGCCAAGCGGCCACCAAAGGAAGAAUUUGGAAUGAUGGGAGAUCAUACAAUUAAAAGUCAGCGACCUCGAUCUGUUCAUGAAAAAAGGGUCCCUCAGGAACAAGCUGAUGCUGCUAAAUUUAUGGCACAAACUGGUGAAUCUGGUGCUGAAGAGUGGGCCCAGUGGAGUACAUGUUCAGUUACUUGUGGUCAAGGGUCGCAGGUGCGAACCAGAACUUGUGUAUCACCUUACGGGACACACUGCAGCGGCCCUUUAAGAGAAUCAAGGGUUUGCAAUAACACUGCCCUCUGUCCAGUACAUGGAGUUUGGGAGGAAUGGUCACCUUGGAGUCUGUGCUCAUUCACAUGUGGUCGAGGCCAAAGAACUAGGACGAGGUCAUGUAUACCUCCUCAGUACGGGGGAAGAUCAUGUGACGGACCUGAAACACAGCAUAAGCCUUGCAAUAUUGCCCUGUGCCCUGUUGAUGGACAGUGGCAAGAAUGGAGUACUUGGAGUCAAUGCUCGGUGACCUGCUCCAACGGCACCCAGCAGAGAAGCCGGCAGUGCACAGCAGCAGCACAUGGAGGCUCUGAGUGCAGAGGUCCGUGGGCAGAAAGCAGGGAAUGUUACAACUCUGAAUGUACAGCUAAUGGUCAGUGGAAUCACUGGGGCCACUGGAGUGGGUGUUCCAAGUCUUGUGAUGGUGGCUGGGAGAAGAGAAUAAGGAUAUGCCAAGGUGCAGCUACUACUGGGCAACAGUGUGAAGGAAGUGGAGAUGAGGUUAGACGGUGUAGUGAACAGCGAUGCCCAGCACCUUAUGAAAUAUGUCCUGAGGAUUAUUUGAUAUCAUUCGUUUGGAAAAGGACGCCGGCAGGGGAUAUGGCAUUCAACCGAUGCCCUCUUAAUGCUACAGGUACCACUAGCAGGCGCUGCUCUCUCAGCCUUCACGGAGUGGCCUUCUGGGAACAGCCGAGCUUUGCUAGAUGCAUAUCAAAUGAGUACAAACACUUGCAGCAUUCAAUUAAAGAACAUCUUGCAAAAGGACAGAGGACGCUGGCUGGUGAAGGAAUGUCUCAGGUGACGAAGACUCUUUUGGAUUUAACUCAAAGGAAGAAUUUUUAUGCAGGGGAUCUUUUAGUUUCUGUGGAAAUUCUCAGAAAUGUUACAGAUACAUUUAAAAGAGCAAGUUACAUCCCUGCAUCCGAUGGCGUUCAGAACUUCUUUCAAAUAGUUAGCAACCUUCUGGAUGAAGAAAACAAAGAAAAAUGGGAAGAUGCUCAGCAGAUCUACCAAGGCUCCAUAGAACUAAUGCAGGUGAUUGAAGAUUUUAUACACAUUGUUGGAAUGGGGAUGAUGGACUUUCAGAAUUCGUACUUAAUGACUGGAAAUGUAG